UACAUACAUUUAUCAGAACAACAACAACAAACAAACAACAACUACAACAAAUGCAACAUUUCUUUACUCAACCAAUAAUUUCUUCAAUAAUUUCCGUUUUACUAAUUCAAAUUUUAUUUUUAUUUGGAAUUUUUGUUCUCUCAAAGAUUUUUAAUCCUUUUAAAUAUUUAAUUAAUUUAAAUUCUGAAAAAUUAAAAAAAUCAUCCAAGCGUUUAUGUGAAUAUUAUAUAGCACAACGUGGGGGUGUGGAAGUGAAAAUAUCUGAAAAAGAAAUUUUGCCUGGAGAUUUAAUUAAAUUAAAGAGUGGACAGAGAGUGCCUGUUGAUUGUAGAAUUUUGCAAGUUUUGAAAGAACCUUUUCUUGUUAACCAAAGUUGUAUUCUUCAACAACAACAAAAUAUAGAACAAAAUAAUAUGAUAAUAGAAUUAAUAUCAAAAACAUCACCAAAUCAUUUAAAUGUCCUUGAAGCAAGAAAUAUAGCUUUUGCUGGUUUUAAAUGUUUAAAUGGGGAGGCUUUUUGUAUUGUUUUAAGAACUAGAGAGGAAACGGUAGAUUAUUAUUUUAAUUGA